GGUUAUUUACUGACAACAAUUAGGAUGGCUCUAUCAAAAUACGACUCAACCCGGGAGACUACCAACCUAGCUCGUGUAGCCCGGAUAAUCCUUGGCCCUUGCACUGACGCACUACGCGCUGUUCUGAAAAAAGAGAUGACUCCAGCCGCAUUGUCACACAAUGUUAAAGUUUUUAUGGCCAAUCUUCCAAAAUACACGAAGCCUCCAAUCAGUAAAACUCAAUUACAACAAAUUAAUAGCGGAGACUACUCAAAUUUUGACAUCCCGCUGCUCUACGUCCUUUUGCGCAACAUUUGUUCAAUCCCUGAACAUAGACUAACUUGGGGAAAUAAACCUAGCCGAACAGAUAGGAGUGUGUCAGCAAAUAUUGAGAGACUUCGUUUGAUUAGAAACGAGUAUUACGGACACGCGACCCACUUUGCUAUCCAUGAUACGGAGUUUAUAAACCAAUGGAAAGAGGUUUUUUCAAUUGUAAUUGAGUUAGAGGCGUACAUUGGAAGCUCAACUGAUCUCCAAGACGCUGUGACAGAGAUCAAGUCGUGUCCCAUGGACAGAGAAGUAGAACAGAAAUUCAUAGACAAAUUGCUCCUUAUUGAAGAACUGCAAGACAGAAUAGCAAGUCUAGAAAAUACAAAGGUUCCUUUUCUUCUGAAAGAUAUUUCGAAAUGGACAGAAGACGACAAAGUGUUUUUUGAAACACACAGCUUUUCAUCGAUGCUUGGAAAAGUAAGAAGCCAGCCAUACGUGAUGUUUGUUGGUGUUCCAGGCUCAGGAAAAACGGCAACAGCACGUCACAUUGCCCUCGUAUUGCAGGGAGAAGGGUACGACCUAUUGUCAAUUAAAAAUAUAAGUGACAUUGAAACUUACUGUGAUCCACAGAAUCCGCAAGUGUUUGUUAUUGAUGAUGUAUUGGGAAAGUUUGGCUUAGACGUGACUAUGUAUAAUAUAUUAAAAAAGUAUGAAGAUAUUUUGACAACACCAAAAAUGUCAAAAACCAAGGUUCUUAUGACAUGUCGCGAGCUUGUGUAUAGAAACAAAAAAUUAUCAACACAUUUUUUGAGUCAAGAACGUAAUGUAGUAUUGUUAAAUAGUAAUGAUAAUGCGCUUAAUGAUAAUGACAAACUUAAAAUAUUAGCACGAUAUCAAUUAAGAUCAGAUGUGUUGUCCUCAACUCAGAUCAAAUCAUCAUCAAAUAUGUUUCCACUUUUAUGCAAGUUGUUUUCAUCAAAACCAAACUUUAAAGAUUAUGGUUCAACAUUUUUCAUAUCACCAGUUCCAUGUAUUUUGGACGAAUUAGACAAAAUGAGUACAGAAUCCAACAAGUUUUAUGCCUCCUUAGUUUUAUUAGUGGUCAAUCAAAACAAGUUAUCUGAAGAUAUUUUGGACAACAUUACAAAUCUAAGAAACGUUAAUGAAAAAAAAAAAAUCAUUUUAGAAGCCUGUAAAGUGAGAAAAGAUAUGGAAAGCUUCAGGAUCAUCGAUGCUUUGUCAGAGAUGGAGAAAACCUACACAAGGAGGUUCGGUAGUGAGUUUACCUUUGUUCACGACUCCAUGUUUGAAAUUGUUGCGUAUCAUUUUGGUCGACGGUUUCAAGGGUUGAUACUACAAUACAUGAGCAGUGAUUAUAUUGCCCAUUCCAUCAAAUUGGAGACAGUCGAUAGUGAGAACAUAGAAAGUGAAGAAAAGACAUGUAAAGACAAUAAGCAGAUUAGAAAAAUUACUGUAGAAAAUAGUGUAAUUGACCUGUGUAUAAAGUUACAAGGAUCACUUCAUAAAGCCUUUGCUGAACGUUUGUAUAUAGACGUAGAAAAUGGGGAGUGGUAUCACGUUUUUGGUAAUGAAGCUCUGAAACUCCCGUCAGUGGUUCAAGCUUUUAUUGAAGUAAUGGCGGAAAAACCUUAUUCAAAACUAAAAUCCUUAUUUUAUUCGGAGAUGAAAGACACAACAAACUUACGUCACUAUGUAAACCAGGUUGAUCGCAUUCAUGUAAGUGGUGGCCUUGAAAGGAUGAUCAAUGGAAUGUUGAUCAACGAGAGAUUUAGCAGAUAUUAUGAGACCAGUGUUAGGGCAAUAAGCUGGGUCAUUUAUCAGGGACACAAUCAACUUUUACAGUAUAUAAUUGCUAGAACUAUACGCGAGCACAGCAACAGCGAUGAUCUUUUUCGAAAUUCAUACAAUGAAUGCAAAGAAAAUAAUCCAGACGUGAUCAAACGUGGAACCAACAAAGAGUCAGUAUUUAUUCCAGAAAAUGUCCUGCCAGACGAACAAGAAAUUGAUACUGACAAUGUGUCAAAAAGUUCUGGAGACGAUUGCAUGUCAGGCGAACAAGAUAAUGAUACUUUGGGUAUGUUCAACUGUUGUUUGCUCUGCUUUGGCUAUUGUGUAACAUCGGAUUCACAUAUUAACAACACCAGUAAGUACCCUUUGACACCGUGUGCAAUGGAGAGCGACGAAGAUUAUAAAAAGACAGACGAAUCAGAAAAACACCCAAACAGUAUUGAUGAUGACAUGGAAGUUGUUGGCACAAACAUGGAAUCGGAGAUUGACUCAUACAUUGAACCUGUCAUUGUAGAACACAAUCGGCUGCUUUGCCUUGGUUGUUAUAGCGGUGAUAUCACCACCGUAACAACACUACUAAAACACGUCAAUAAACAUGCAAUGGACAUAACAGAAAGCUGUCACAGACGAUCUUAUUGGGUAAUGAAUCCACUAUCUAUUGCCUGUUCUCUGGGAUAUUUAGAAACUACAAAAACAUUGAUAAAUAUUGAGUCUAAUAUCAAUUAUAAAACUGAUUUAUUCACACCACUCAUUGGUGCUUGUGAAAAUGGUCACAUUAGUGUAGUUAAAUUGUUGGUAGAAAUAGGAGCUGAUGUCAAUGUUGUGUGUACAAAUAAAUCACCACUGACAGUUGCAUGUCGACAAGGAAAUUCAGAUAUAGUUUCAACUCUGAUAAAAGGAAAAGCUUGUGUAAACCUUUAUGACGGUAUGGAUACACCACUUACCGCAGCUUGUUCUUAUGGGCAUUUACAUCUUGUUAAAUCACUGAUUGAUGCCGGUGCUGCAGUAAAUCUUAAUAUCAGUAACUGUACACCACUAACAAAAGUAUGUUAUAAAGGACAUCUUGAUGUAGUUCAGUUAUUAAUUGAAGCAGGUGCUGAUGUGAAUCUCAAUGAGAGUGAGUAUACACCACUUACAGGAGCAUGUUGUAACGGACAUUUAGAUGUAGUUCAGAAAUUAAUCGAGGCAGGUGCUGAUGUUAACCUCAGUGACGGACAGUGGACACCACUUACAAAUGCAUGUUAUUAUGGACAUUUGGAUGUAGUUCAGAAAUUAAUCGAGGCAGGUGCUGAUGUUAACUUCAGUGACGGGAAUAGUACACCACUAACAAGAGCAUGUUAUGAAGGACAUUUAGAUGUAGUUCAGGAAUUAAUCGAGGCAGGUGCUGAUGUUAACCUCAAUAACGGGCAGUGGACACCACUUACAAAUGCAUGUUGUUAUGGACAUUUAGAUAUAGUUCAGAAAUUGAUUGAGGCAGGUGCUGAUGUUAACCUCAAUGACGGGCAGUGGACAACACUUAUAGGUGCAUGUUAUUAUGGACAUUUAGAUAUAGUUCAGAAAUUGAUUGAGGCAGGUGCUGAUGUUAACCUCAGUGACGGGAAGCGUUCACCACUCAGAAUAGCGUGUGAAAGAGAACAUCUUGAUGUUAUUCAGUUUUUAUUUGAAGCAGGAGCUGAUGUGAAUCUCAAUGAAAGUGAGUGUACACCAAUUACAAGAGCAUGUUUUUUUGGACAUUUGGAUGUAGUUCAGAAAUUAAUCGACGCAGGUGCUGAUGUUAACCUCAGUGACGGGAAUAGUACACCACUUAUAAAAGCAUGCUAUUAUGGACAUUUAGAUAUAGUUCAGAAAUUGAUUGACGCAGGUGCUGAUGUUAACCUCAGUGACGGGAAUAGUACACCACUUACAAGAACAAUAGCGUGUGAAAGAGAACAUCUUGAUGUAGUUAAGUUUUUAUUUGAAGCAGGAGCUGAUGUGAAUCUCAAUGAGAGUGAGUGUACACCACUUACAGUAGCAUGUUGUAACGGACAUUUGGAUGUAGUUCAGAAAUUAAUCGAGGCAGGUGCUGAUGUUAACCUCAGUGACGGGAAUAGUACACCACUUACAAGAGCAUGUUAUGAUGGACAUUUAGAUGUAGUUAAGAAAUUAAUCGAGGCAGGUGCUGAUGUUAACCUCAAUGACGGACAGUGGACACCACUUACAAGUGCAUGUUAUGAAGGACAUUUAGAUGUAGUUCAGAAAUUAAUCGAGGCAAGUGCUGAUGUUAACCUCAAUGACGGACAGUGGACACCACUUACAAGAGCAUGUAAUAAAGGACAUAUAGAUGCAGUUCAGAAAUUGAUCGAGGCAAGUGCUGAUGUUAACCUCAAUGACGGACGGUGGACACCACUUACAAGAGCAUGUAAUAAAGGACAUAUAGAUGCAGUUCAGAAAUUGAUCGAGGCAGGUGCUGAUGUGAAUCUUAAUGAUGGGGUUUUUACACCACUUACAAGAGCACGUAAUAAAGGACAUAUAGAUGCAGUUCAGAAAUUGAUCGAGGCAGGUGCUGAUGUGAAUCUUAAUGAUGGCAAAAUGGACAUAAAGAUAUUGCUCAGAAAUUGAUUAAAACAGGUGCUGAUUUUAAUCGUUAUAGAAAAUACAUUCACCGUUUACAGCGGCAUUAACUUUUUAAUAUUUGGAUAUUGUUUGAAAACGUUUUAAGCAGAAGAAUAUGUCAACCUAGUUGACUAUAAAUUUAAACCAUUACCUGUAGCAUGUAAUAAAGGAUAUUCAGAUAAAGUUAAAACUAAUUGAAGCAGGGGCAUAUAUUCACUCAAAUGACAAAAAUCAUAUACCAAAAAUAGGAUCAUGCCGAUAUGGACAUUUGGAUAAAGUUUAAAGAUUAAUUGAAGCAGAUAAGGAUGAAGAGGACGAUAUAAAGAGUUGACAAAAUUUACAUUCUCCGGUUUGUGCACUUCCUCUCCUUUGUGAUUGGUAGCCAAUGCAUGAUGUGAACAUUUACAUUUAUUUCAUUGGUUGACAUACUGUUCGGCGCAAAGGAGAUAAUUUUCUGAUGUUCGUUUUCACCCACGACUAAACAUAUUUCGUAGAUUUCAAAUCUUAAAAAGUGAGUAAACGGAAAAGCAGUACAAAUUGCUACGAAUGAAAUUCAGCCUUUGGUUUUCAGGUCAAACUAGUUAAAAAUAAUAUUCUAUAAUAUGUAUUGAAAUGAUUUGUUUUUCUUAUGGUAUUGUUUAUUUACAUAUUGAUACAAAAAUGUAAAAAACAAAAUGAUGCGGUGUGGCUUAUUUCGGUUAAUGUAUAGGUUAUUUGCACCUUUGAUAGGUAAAAACUAAUAUAAGUUAAAAAAGAUGCUAAAUGCAGUGGCAUAACUUUGAUUUUAUCGUAAUAAUACGAUUCUACGACUAUUCCUGAAAUAUCUUUUACCCUACUAGAGUCGAUCUAAGCUUACAAGCUCGGAUACGCAUUACUCAGUUUUAGACACGUAGGCUUAAAAGAUACAUAUUGACAUAAAAUGUUCCACUCGCCAAGCUAUGUAGAGGAAGGUGACAUUUAUAUAAAAAAAGAUUAAACUGUCUUUGAUAACUAAUUGCUGUUUAUGGUUUGCUCUUAAGACAGUAAGCUUUUUUUUAAAUAGCUAAACUUGUUAUUUGAUUUAAGGUUGUAAACUGUUCGUCCAUUCUUUUUUUUUGUUCCAACUUUAUCUACAUCCGGCUUUGCCAUAUGGGCAAUGGACAGUUAGUUCUUUUGAAUUCACUCAGUCUGAAAUUUGUCAACAAGACGAAAGGGGGUCACAAUAGCAAUGGAGCAAACGUUUCCCUGUUUGCAGCAUUAAUAUACAUGUGGUUAUGAUUGUAUUUGUAUGGUAGUAUUCAUUUCUUUUUUAUUGGUAUUUAUCUUUAGUUCAUUUUGUUCUUUGGUAUUUGAUUUAAAUUUGGAUUUUAUAACUAGAAUGGUUUGUUUUUAAUGCAUUGAUUUGUUUUUUUAAUAUAUAUAAACAAUACUUAUUGACUUAAUGUCUCUUGUCGACAAUCGUUUAAAACUAGUUUUAGUAAAUAUACUUAAAAAUAUUUGGUUAAGUGGAUUCAUUUAUUCGUGAGAGAUCAUUAAGCAGAACAAGUUGGAGGUACUUUUCAGCAUUCUUUGACUACGUUGGUAACUUUUGAAAUUGGAUAUUUGAAAUUUAAUGUAGGAUGUAUUCCUCAGCAUCAACAAAAAAAAUAUUGGUUUUAAUUUAGGUUUGUUCUUUGUAAUGUCGAUAUGACUUUAAAAUGAAAUAAAAUUAUUUAAAUGAUUGAG